AUGCUGAACAAUCUCAACGCGGCAGGAUUGGGUGGACCGAAGGAAUGCGAUCUGCCGAAGUCGGGCCUCACAUCGCUGCACGGCGGUGCGCCCGGGUUUGGCCAGGUCCCCAAUCCACCCAGCAACGCCGACAGCAACGCCAACCGGCUGCACGUGAACAGCGGCAGUGCCGGGGCCACCCCGGGCGGUGGUGGAAGCGGUGGCUCGAGCGGAGGGGGCCAGGGUGCCGGCACAGGGCCCAACACGCUGUGCGAGCCGCACAACAUCCACCAGGAUCAGAAUUCUGACAAACAUGGUGGAAAACAGAAACGACACCGAACACGCUUCACGCCGGCUCAGCUGAACGAGCUCGAGCGCUGCUUCUCGAAGACGCACUACCCGGACAUCUUUAUGCGCGAGGAGAUCGCCAUGCGGAUCGGGCUCACGGAGUCCCGUGUGCAGGUCUGGUUCCAGAAUCGACGAGCCAAGUGGAAAAAGCGGAAGAAGACAACCAACGUCUUUCGCACACCGGGUGCGCUCCUGCCGUCCCAUGGACUGCCACCGUUCGGGGCUAAUAUUACCAACAUUGCAAUGAGCGAAAGUUUAUGCGGCACGUCGAUGUUCGGGGGCGAUCGAUGGGGCGUUGGAGUCAAUCCGAUGACCGCCGGAUUUGGUCAGCUGAACCAAUCGUCUUCGCUCUCCAGCACGCUCAACACGGGGCUCAACUCGGGUAUCAACAUAUCCUCGGCAAUGGGUGCCGGUGGGUAUCACAACUAUGGACUGAAUGCAGCGCUAGGUGAUACGAUGAUGUACCAACACUCGGUAGGCGGCGUAGGCUGCACGGGAAACUCACCCACAUCCACCCCGCCAAACAUAAACGCUUGCUCGCCCUCUACGCCACCCCUGUCGAACGGAGGCCAACAACCGACCCAGCCCCAGCAGCAACAGCAGCAACAACAGCAACAGCAGCAUCAGCAACAACAAGGUGCUAGUCAAAGCGAUGCCUCCACCAACGGAGAUAUGACCGGUGCCAAUCAGCACGGAAUCGGCAACUGUCACAACCUGACGACCGGCACGCCCGAAGGAGACGACGAUGUUUGGCGGGGCCACAGCAUAGCGGCACUGCGGCGCCGCGCUUCGGAGCUCAACCAAACCAUGCCAUCCUAUCUACAUGCUCACAACUACGAUCACCACAACUCGGUGUAUUGA